UAAAGCAAAGUAGCGAUGAUGCUAUGGUGUACAGAGACAGUACAAGUACAAACACAUAAACAUCUGAAUCCGAUUCGCAGAGUUGGUGUCGUGGUUGAGAUGGAAACGCAUUCAACGAACAAAGAUUAUGUUCACUACAACCAUUCCGAUCCCUGCAGAUUCUCCCGUUGGACUGCCAGGGAAAGCUACCAAUUCAUGUACGGAAGACCAUGGCAGCAAGUACUUGAUUUCUAUUCCAAUCUCGUCAACGGAACCACCUCCUUCUCCUCAUUGUUUCCCCUCCAUAAGAAAUAUCAAGUUGAUGAUGAUGAUUAUGAUGCUGAAAUUCCUGAGAUUUCUGAUGAUAAAGUUAAAUUAAAAAAGAGUGAAGAAAGAAGUGGGAGAUGGGCUAGAGCGACAUUCAAGGUGGUUCUUGGAUAUCAUGGUGCUUCUUUUGAUGGUUGGCAAAAGCAGCCAGGCCUCAACACUGUACAGGGUUUAGUGGAAAGAUCUCUUGGGAGAUUUGUGGAUGAGAAGAAAGCCCAAUUGCUCAAAGACAAAUGUUUACCAUUAGAAGCUUGUACUGUUGUUGCAGGACGCACUGACAAAGGAGUCACAGCUCUUCAACAAGUUUGUUCUUUCUAUACUUGGAGAAAGGAUAUUACAUGUCAAGAUAUUGAAGAGGCAAUCAACAAUGCAGCACUAGGAAAACUUAAAGCCAAAUCUGUUUCUGAGGUAUCUCGCGUCUUCCAUCCAAAUUUCUCCGCCAAAUGGAGGCGGUAUCUCUACAUUUUCCCCUUCAAUGAUGAAGAGGAUGAGGAGCAGAGCAAUAAGAACGGAGAGAAUCUUGAAACUUAUGAAAAGAUUGAAAGUGGAUGUGGAGAAUGGAACGAUGAAAGUUUUGGGAACUUAAUUAUAGAUGACAGCGAGGAGUUAGAAAGCGGGAAGAAGCCAAGUUCGUUUAGUGUUAGCCGGGUGGACCAACUUUUACGGCUACUAGAAGGGAAGCUAUUAUCAUAUAAAAUGUUUGCACGUGACACAAAAGCUUCUAGGAAUGAAGGUCCACCAACAGAGUGUUUUAUCUACCAUGCUCGAGCUGCAGAAGCCAGAUUGCCAACUUCUGAUUGCACGGAAGGAAGAAAGAUUAUGUGUGUCGAAUUGGUUGCAAAUCGCUUCUUACGGAAGAUGGUUCGGGUACUAGUGGCGACAUCAAUAAGGGAAGCGGCUGCAGGUGCUGAAGAAGACGCGUUGCUAAAGCUGAUGGAUGCCACAUGUAGACGCGCCACUGCUCCGCCUGCACCCCCUGAUGGCUUAUGUCUAGUUGACGUUGGAUAUUCUGAAUUCAAACCUAACAAUUGUCUCAUUAGCAAAGAAUGAAGGGAUUCAUUAUGACCUCUUCCAUUUUUCGUACUCAUUCUUUGGUACACAUGUACAAACAUAUGUUACUGAAAAGUGAUAAGGACCCUCCAUCAUUUGAUGGUGAUUUUGGUUAAAAUGAGAAAAAGUCCGAUGAAAAUGUAGGUGAUCACAUGGUUGUAACUUAUGAAACAUUUACUUCCCAUUAUUUUCUUUGAGGUGUACUGAUAUUUUC